AUGCGUCCUGCGAAUGCGGGAUUCUCCAUGAGCGACUCAAAAGAUUAUUUCACACAUGUCAUACACAACAAUUUCAGCACAAUCUCGCCAUCGAGAACACUUAAUAAAAUCCCUGAUUUUGCCAGCGACUGGCAAGUUCAGCAAUGGGGUAUUCCUCCAGGGAGCGCAGCAACCCCUUUGGCCAUCGAUAACAUGGCAGACAACGUCUUCGUGCGCGAUGGGAACCUAGUUCUGAGACAACAGGGGUAUUCGAAGAAAGAUAUCCUGAAAGCCAGAAAUGUGAGCGUGGCUUCGAUCGCAACCGCAAGUGGCGACAUUAUCCAUGGAAGUUUUCGAGUUGAGCUUAAGAUGGAAAAUGCACACGGUGGAAGUUGUGGUGCAUUCUUUUGGUAUCGUGGUGAAACCCUGGGGAAACAGGACGACGAGAACGAAAUCGAUAUUGAAAUUCUCGCGAGGGAGUUCAAACAAGAUGCGAUUCCAGUCCAUUAUACAUCGCACCCGUCACUCGACGAGAAGGGACAACCCAUCAAAAACGCCACAAAAGUGAUCCCAUUUCGGGGUGACGAUCUUCUGAACUCGUUCCAAAGACAUCGGUUCGAUUGGACCAGCAAGGAAUUACGAUUUUACCAGAACAUGACGCAGGUGCAUACAAACUCCCUGCGAAUCCCAAAUGCUUCUGGGCAUGUGUAUUUGAACGUUUGGGCAGACGGCGGAAUGUGGACUGGUCCUCCCAGUUCAACCGAUGUUUUUCUAAAGGUCAGGUCGGUCGCCAUAUACCACAAUACAUCCGCAAGUGAUCAAGGACUCGACGAGGCAUUUAAUCAUAGGUGCGAGAAGGCGGGAGGACCAUCAAGUGCUACUAUAUGUUCCGACACUGUCGUUGAAAGUGGGGGAGUAGACCCCGCGUCAAUCGACCCAAAGUCAUCAAAUCCAAAAUCAUCAGUGUCGGGGAGGAUCCAUAUGCGGGUCUGGAUCCUUUUGUUGCUAUCUAUUGCUGGUCGUUACGCACUUAAGACGACGGACCCGCACAUCUUGUUCCCAUAUUCGACCUUGUUAAUUCGUUGCCGUGCUUAUUUCUGGGCGUGGGGGUGGGGUGGGCGGCAAAAUUCCGGCCUCCGCGGAUAUCCGCUUGGUGGCUUCCCAGCCGCGAAAUUCAGGGAAUGUGAACUAAAAGGAUUUCCACCGGACUGCCCAAGACUGAGUUUGGAGGGCUGGUAUUUCCGGUAUGGCCCCAUACAAUUGGCAUACAUAGUGGACGCACUCUGGUUGGCCCCGGAGAAAGACCCAAAGUCCCUGGAUGGGAACUGGGGAAGCCUAGCUUAUACUUCCGUUCAGUUUAGAUCUCGUCGUAUGCUAGUGUUUGAUAUUGCAACGCUUCAAAUGUUUGUUGAUGGCCAGAAUGGAAUGUUUGAUAUGCAAGCUGUGGUAAAUUCCUAG